UCAAUGUAACGAACUGUCUGAAUUGAUGAAACUGAUCAAAAAUCAAAAGUAAACAAAUAUCAGGUAAAUCACUGAGACUCAUUAUUGAAAGUUGAAUGGAACAAUUUAAACAAUAAUUGACUUGAAAGAUACAAAAGGUUGAAAGCUGUCAAUUAAUUAUCAAAAAGUCGUAGAAAAUGAAUCGAAUGAAACAAUCAAACUUUGAUUGUUUUGAUUAUCAGAACAAUAAUUCAAUUGUUAGAAGAUACUCAACUUUUUCUUUUUUACUCUUUUGGACACCAACUGAUUAUUUACAGAGAUGAAUCAGCUGGUUAUAUCGAAAGAGUUCAUCUCUGCCCAACCCGCGACCUUUAAAUCAAUAAUUAACUUGUAAUUCUGCCAAUUCUGGACAUGAAAGAUAUUCAACCAUCAUGAUGAUUGUAAGGAAGAUCCAAUUAAUGAUCAGAAAUCAAUCAGUGACCAUGAUGAUGAUAAAGAAAGAUUUUUCGAUAAAAGUAAAAUUAAUUUCAUCGAAGAUCCAAUCCAGUUAAUUACAAUUGGUAAAGUUUAUUUAGAACAAUUAAUUUCUUCAGUUGAUUGUAACUUUUUCCAUUCAUCUCUUACCUGGAAAAUCAUUUAUUAAUACAAUUAUCCUGUUUAAACAAAUGCAUACGGAAUGACGAUGAAACAUUGAUUUGAAAGGCGCGGGUGGAUAGAGAUAAACUCUUCAAGUGGUCAGUAACUGACCACCAGUUAAGUUGACAGGUUAAAUUUUCCACAAGAAAUUUGAAUUUCAAACCACCAAAGUUUUUCGGUCAAGAAAAGUUCUUUGUUUCUUUUAUCGUGUGGUUUAUUUUUUAGAUUGUUUCAUGUAACUUUCAACAAUGAAUAUCAACGAUUUACCUGAUGAUUGUUUACUUUUGAUUUUUGAUCAGUUUUAUCAAUUGCGACAAUUUCCAAUAUUGAUGAAAGUUUGUAGACGCUGGAAAAUAUCAGCGGAAAAGAGACUGAGGAAGAUCACUCACUUUGAUGUUACAUUGACCACUCGAUUAAGGCGAAUUUAUCAUUCGCUUGAACAAAAUCAUCUUCCAUUAGCUCGUAAAUGUAUCAUCACAAUAAACAGAAAGUUCUUGAGGAAAAUUAAACUCUCUAAACUUCUUCCUAAUGUUAAGAUAAUCCAUCUUGAAAAUCUCACUAAGCAAUGUUCUUGUUCUGCAUUAAUUAAUUUACUUGCCAAAACGCAACAAAUUAAAGGAUUGAGUGUUGGGCUUGAAUUGAAAUAUAAACAUCGCUUUGAAAUGAACCACGAAUGUAACAUUUUGAAAAGAGAAGAAAAAAGAAUAACAUCAUUUUUGAGUGAUAUUCAAUUUCUAGGAAUCGGAAAUGAUCUAAUAGUCACAAAUUAUCUCAGGACAUUUGGUCAUCUUAAGAAAUUGAAAUCUCUUGGAAAUUCUAUUGAAAAGCACUCCCAGUAUGUGAAUUUACUCCAUGUUCUGAAAUUCUCCCAAUUUUUGACGAAUCUCGAACGACUUGUUACUUUUUGUGAUCAUGAAUCUGAUGAUUUUUUUCACGUCGAAAAUCAAUUACCGAUAUUUGGAAAUCUUUUAGAUCUUCAGCUUGUAGAUACUUCAAGAGAAGGGUCAUAUACUCUCACAAAAUUCUUGAACUUGUGUCCAAAUGUACUCAACCUUUUUCUGAUUGUGAAUUCUUAUCGAAUGGAUCUAAUGCAUCAAAUCAACAGAAAUUUUAAUGUACAAAGAUUGGAUUUAUUUAUUUUUCGCUGGAAUUCAGAAAAGAUAAUCAAAACUAUUGAAAAGUUUCCAAACUGUCGAUACUUAAGUAUCAGGGGUGAAACUUCGCUAUCUUCACAUGAAUUGAUCCAUAUAAUUAGAACAUUACCUCAUUUGUCAUUAUUGUUGAUCGAACAUGCCGGGAGAGAUUCAGCAGAUCAACAAGUCGUGAAAAACUUUUGUCACUCACAAAAUCGUAAAAUCGAUGUUUAUUUUGGUUCUACAAAUGCGAAACUAUUUAUGUCUCAUGAACUUAAUCAAUUGUUGUUUAAUCACUUUCUACAUAAAUGA